AUGAGCGGGGAGGAUAAGGACGCCAGGUUGAGGAAAUGGCCCGAUGACCCUGAUAUUCGACCCUCACCAGCGGCGGAGAGUCCCGCUGCAGCCACAGGUGUGCCGAGUGCUGGCUCGGAACAAUCUAAAGCAGGCGGGCAGUCGCAGUCUCAACCACAAUCGAAGAACUUUGAAUUUGUUCUGGUGACCGACAACGAGUCUCGCCGUCAGGUUCGGCGCCAUGCUAUGCGCCAGUAUAUGCACCAGCGCCGCAUAGAUAGUAUUACACGGUUAGGGGUGACACGAGCGCCUGCUGCUGACUGGACGACUCGUCCUAUGUCAAAUGAACCCCGUCCGCAACUAGCAGGUGCAAGCACUCAUGAUGAGCAGAAUGAUGUCUCUAGUAAAAGGAGGAGAAAUUCGCCACCAACUGCGGAAGAGCAGUUCACUGAAGUAGAAGGGAAAACGCCUCCUCGUCAAUUAUUGCCGAGAACCGAGAAGGUUAAACGCGAACCUACCAGUCCUUUGCUUGUCCCGAAGCUUCGGUAUAUCCAGCCUCAACUCGUGCCUGACCAUGGCGCAGAUCGGGACCCUUUCAGCUCAUAUCCGGUGCCCAUCAAAGGUGCUGAUCACGAGUUGAUCCAACAUUUCGUCGUGACGUAUCCAUCUAUGAUGUACAAGUUCAUUGACUCCGCUGCAAACAACUUGAAUCCCAUGAAGGAGAUAUUCAAGCAGUUGGCUCUCAAUGAUGAACUCCCGUUUCAGGCGAUGCUGGCAAUUGCCUCGAAACAUCGUGCAGGAGUUGAUGGGAAAACAGAGUCGGUUCAGAGUCUUACCCACAAAAUGCGGGCCCUGCGAUUGAUGAACGAGCGCAUCCAGACGGACUCGAAAACGGCGAAUGACGGGACUAUCUAUGCUGUUGCCACAAUGGCUGUCAUUGAGAAAUGGUCGAAAGAUGCGUCGAUUGAGCGUAUGCACUUCAGGGGGCUUGCCUCCAUGAUCAGGAACCGAGGGGGUAUGCAGGUAAUGCAUAACUCGAGUCCAUUCCUGGGCAAAGUUCUCUACUGGGUGGAUUUUAGCUGCGCUUCAAAGGCCACAGUCGGUACCGCACUCCCUUGGACCGGCACUAUACCAGAUACUCCACCAACUGGCUUUGACUUCCUCGAUCCUGAGGUACACUUUUAUACUGCUCAUAACUCGGCUGCCCAAGGUGACAUCGAGAUGGUCUGCGACCAAUAUCGCGCCUGCGAGGACUUCCUCCGCUUCUUCCGCCACUUACAUGAACUCGAACGUACUGCUCUAAACUCACCUUCUGCCCUGGCAUCUACAGAUACACCAUCGCGUGUCAAAAACUUCGUCCCAGGUACAAAGCUACAUUCUAUCCUAACCCUACUUCCAGACUACGACCACGGGAUCCGCGACAUCCGUUUCAUUGACGAAUACACCUGCAUGUCCUGCCUUUUCUUCAUCGCUGUAGCUCUCUACCACAGUUACUCCACCUCCACCCCCUUCGAUCCCUAUCUCCAGUGGCUUGAACACGCAAUCGACUGCAUAAACCCACAUGAAAACCCAAGCAUAACAUCUAUACUAUGGCUUUUCCUGCAAACUACAGGGUUCAUGCCGGACGAAGACCACGACAACUCCAGCGCCCGAUGCUGGGUCGUUUCGCGCAUGGUCCGCAUCACAAAACACCUCGAGUGGAAACGCCACGGCACAAUCUGGGACACCAUCCGCCAAGUCCUCAUAAACUUCAUCCUUACACAGCAGGAGUGCGCUCUUGGCGAAGAAACAGUCGACACCGAAGCCCUUGCUGCAAGGGCGAAAAUGAGAGAUUCCGCACUCUGCGGCGAGCGAGGGUAUUUCUGGGACGAAGACGAAUUGCGUCGUGAGAUAUUGGAGAUUAGGGUUCCGGCGCGCAGUGAGCUGGAAUAUCUUCCCGCGGUUGACGAUCUCAAUGCCCCUGUUUUAAAGUAG